AUGGAGCCUCUCAGCGCAACUCCGCCUCCGCAGUCUCCAGAGCGAUUGGUUUCAACACCCAACGCCGCAGAUACGCUCACGGUAAUCACUGGUCUCUACGCCAAAGACCCCCCAUUGUUAUCCCCUCGGAAGAGAGUCGCAGCAGUCGUACGUAGAGAUAUCGACGGCACUGCAUUGCCGGCCUCCGAACGUCCAUCAAUAUGCUCCGAUAGCGACAGCGUCCAUCAUUCCAGGUCCACAUCUCUUGCAUCCAAUCUAGGACCUUGGCAAAUAUCGACUACAAUGACGAGGAGUGCAAGGGCCUCGCAGGAAGAGAGGGAGACACUGAUCAAGGAAGAAGGCGACUGGGAAGGCACAUCCACAAGGGAAGAUGGUGAUCGGUCGAGGUCAUCUGAAGAAAGCGUCACCACCGUGUCGACUACAUCCCUAGUCCUCGAGAAUCUGAAUUCGGUUUACGCGACAAAGGAGGCUGAGGAGCCUGUACAAUACCGCGACAAUGACAGUGAUCCUGAGCUGCCCAGAUUUGUGGAUAAGAACUACACGGAUGGGAGCCGGAUGUCGAAGGGUUUGCGGAGAGCGUUAUGGCUGGUGUCUAUUAUUGCCAUUGUUGGUUGGGCAUUUGCUUUAUUCGUAUUUGUGUCAACAGCCAGAUACAAGCAUGCUUCAACCCUGGCCUACGACCACGAAAAACCUACCAAGAGCUCGGGAAAGAAAGUGUCACUUGAUGAGGUUCUGUCCGGGAAGUGGCAACCAAAAUAUGCUAAUAUAGAAUGGACCGCAGGCCCUGAUGGUGAGGAUGGUUUGUUGCUCGAAACAAACCAGCCAGACAAAGCUUUUGCCGUUGUGGAGGAUAUCAGAAGCCGAACUUCUGCAUCUGCCAACGCUACAAAAGACAAAGUCUUGAUCAAAAGUGGCUGGUUCAACGUCAAUGGCCAGCAAUUGUGGACGGACAACUUCUGGGUGAGCCCUGAUUACAAGCAUGUUCUCCUCAUGUCGAAGCGAGAGAAGGUCUAUCGACAUUCGUUCUUGGGAAUCUAUUUCAUUCUCGAUGUCGAAACGCAGGCCGUCCAACCAUUAGAUCCGGCAUAUCCGGACACGAAGACCCAACUCGCUCAGUGGUCUCCCAACAGUGAUUCAAUUGUGUUUACAAGGAACAACAACCUCUACCUGAGAUCCUUGUCCUCGGCAAAAGUCACACAAAUCACAGACGACGGAGGCCCCGAAUACUUCUACGGUAUCCCAGAUUGGGCCUACGAGGAAGAAGUCUUUGGUACCAAUACGGCGACAUGGUGGGCGCGUGACGGUCAGUAUGUCGCAUUCUUGCGCACAAACGAGACCAUGGUCCCGGAGUAUCCUGUCCAGUACUUUUUGUCGAGGCCCAGUGGGAAGAAGCCAAUCGAAGGACUUGAGAACUAUCCUGAAGUCAAAGAGAUUAAAUACCCCAAAGCCGGCGCACCAAAUCCGGUGGUGGAUAUGCUUUUCUACGACAUUGCACAACAAGAAGUUUUUACUAUUGACAUAGAAGGAGGCUUUCCUGAAGACGACCGAAUUAUAUUCAACAUCGUUUGGGCUGAUAGCGGAAAGGCAUUGGUAUCGGAGUCUAACCGUGUUAGCGACCGCGUCAGGGUUGUGUUGGUGGACGUCACUACUAGGACAGGCCAAACAGUCAGGACUGUCGAUGUCAAAGACGUUGACGGAGGUUGGAUUGAACCUACUCAGUCCACCAAGUACGUCCCGGCUGAUUUAGCAAGCGGGCGACCCGAAGAUGGCUACGUCGACAUUGUCAUCUCUGACGAUAGCACUCACCUUGCCUUCUUUACACCUCUGAACAGCUCGAUCCCCACCAUGCUCACCAAAGGUCACUGGGAAGUCGACGGUGGACCUGCGGCAGUCGACCUCAAGAACAAUCUGGUAUAUUUUGUCGCCGCCAAAGAAGCGCCCACGCAGCGACAUGUAUAUAGCGUCAAGCUCGACGGGACAGACAUGAAACCUCUCGUCCCAUCGGAAGAAGCCGCCUACUGGACAAGUUCGUUCUCUUCAGGCGCAGGCUACGUCCUGCUAACCUACCAGGGACCUAGCAUCCCCUAUCAGAAGGUCAUUUCGACACCUGCAAACACGGAGAAGAUCAACCAGAAGCUCGAAGACAACAAGGCUCUCGCCCAAAUGGCUUCGGCUCACGAACUCCCCCAUCAGAUUUUCCAAAAUGUCACCAUCGAAGGGCAAACGCUACAACUUGUGGAGCGCCGUCCUCCACACUUUGACCCCAACAAGAAAUACCCGGUUCUUUUCUACCUCUACGGCGGUCCCGGAUCUCAAAUGGUCAAUCGCCGAUUCCACGUGGACUUUCAGUCGUACGUCGCCAGUUCGCUGGGGUAUAUCGUGGUGACGCUCGACGGGCGCGGGACAGGCUUCAUCGGCCGCAAGGCCCGGACCAUCGUCCGCGACGAGCUGGGCAAGUACGAAGCGCACGACCAGAUCGCGGCGGCCAAGAUGUGGGCUGCCAAGGACUAUGUCGACGCCUCCCGCAUGGCCAUCUGGGGCUGGUCGUACGGCGGCUUCAUGACGCUCAAGGUCCUCGAGACCGACGCCGGCGAGACGUUCAAGUACGGCAUGUCGGUGGCCCCGGUCACGGAUUGGCGCUUCUACGACAGCAUCUACACGGAAAGGUACAUGCGCAUGCCACAGGACAACCCGUCGGGUUACGAUCGGACCGCCAUCAGCAACGUCACGGCCAUCGGUCAGAACGUCAGAUUUCUGAUCAUGCACGGCGUCGCCGACGACAAUGUGCACAUGCAAAACACGCUGACGCUACUGGACAAGUUUGACCUCGCCGGGAUAGAAAACUAUGAUGUUCACUUUUUCCCCGACAGCGAUCAUGGUAUUUUCUUUCACAACGCCAAUCACGUCGUGUAUGAAAAGUUGAGUAAAUGGUUGAUUAGCGCUUUCAACGGUCUUUGGUACAAGACCGAUGAUCCGAAACCCAUGACUGAGGAGAGGGUAGAUAAGAGAGACGAGGAGACGAGUCACGGGUCGAGAGUCUAGCUAGAUCAUGUAAGAAAAUGUAACAAUGUACAGAGUCAUCCAAUGGUGAUAUGCUUUGAUAUGCUUCGAGAUGGUGUCAGUUCUUCCGAC